AUGACUGAUGCGGCUGCAUGCUGGGAGGUGGUGGGUGGCGGCGACAAAGGCGGCAUCCUGGUCAGAGAUGGCUCCAGCACAAGCUCCAAGCAGUUGGAGGGCCGACUCUCGACAGGUUCCCGUGUAGAGGAGUUGGGUCGAGUUGGAGAUCGCAUCCACUAUCGGCUUAUCUCCGGCAGCGGCCCGGAUUCAGGAUGGGUGAGCAUCACCCUCAAGGACAAGGAGCUGCUUCGAAAAGUAGAGGAAGAACCAGCAGCGCAGAUCAGCGCUGCUGAUGGCGUCCAGACUGAGCAGAGCCAUGCUGAUGCUACGCAGGCAGCAGUGGACGAGGCGCUGACGGAGCCGGAGCCCGCGGCUGCGCAGAAGGCAGGGGCAGAGGCUGCUGAGGCUGCUGAGGCGCCGAAGCCUGCCGCGACACUCAGCGAGGAGGAGCUGGCUUUGGCGAAGAGUGCUGAGUCCUGGUGGAUGGACCCAGCAAGGAGGAAGAUGCCAGCGAGUGUGGAGGCACAUCUCCUGGAUGACUUUCUGGCCAAGAAGGGUGAAGCACUCGAGCCGCCAGGCGACUAUCUCGGUGGGCAGCUGCCGGUAAUGCCCCGUACAGUUGGGCUGCCAACCUACGCAGCUGUUCCUGAAAAGGCCAAGAAGCUUUUCCCCGAGAAAGCUCGCAAGCCGAUGAUACGGCUUUACUGCUUCCCAGGGGCCGCUGACAACUACAUGCUUUGGCUGGAGCUGGCCACAAGCGCGCCUGAUUGGUGCGAGGUUGCCGUGUAUGAGCCGCGAGCACAUGGUUUCCGGCCAGAGGAAGCCUGGGAUCGGAGCCUGGAGGAGCGAGCCGAGGAUGCCUUCCGUGUCAUGCGCCCGGCCUUCGAGACGCACGCCCGAGGUGGCGUCUCGGAGGGUGCGCCUUUUGGCUUCCUUUCGCACGGAGUGGGCGGCCAGUUCAUGGCCCUCCUGGCGUACCGCCUGAAGCAGGAGCUCAACAUAGAGCCGCUGGUGGUGUUCGCCAACGACGGCCCUCCCCCAAAUGUGCCAACCCUCUCAGACGAAGGCUAUCGCAUGCUGUGCGAGGAUGUCCUUGGCUUCUACCGCCUCUUCCAGCCCGACACGAUGGACCAGUACGAGAAGAUGGGCGGCAGAGGGAAUCGCGCGGCGGAGGCCCUGAUCCAGAAGUGGUCUCGUGGACUACGGCUGUUUGAAGAGCAUGCAAGGCGGACGGUUGCACGUGGCGACCAAGCUCUGUAUCACAAGUUCGACUGUGACUUGCAUGUGCUGGUGGCCCAGCACUCGGUGGACGCCGACCUUCACUUCGCAAAGCUGGAAGGGCCCCAGCGUGAGUACUGGGAGCGCCGCAAAGGGAUCACGGGCUCCAACCCAGAUUCUGGAUGCAACUGGGACCGUGAUGCUUUCAAGCAGUGGGAGCCUUGGACCACAGAGGACUUCCACUACCACGAGGUGGACACUGACCAUAUGACGAUCAAGAACUCGCCGCUCAUGCGCAAGAUCGUGUUCAAGGAGCUGGGCGGCUUUUGCGGCAUGGAUUAUUGA